AUGCCUGCUUUGAAUUCAGAUUCACCGAAUACUCGGAGAGUUCCUCGCUUGUAUUCGGACCGUGGGGCAGGGAGCCCAGUUCUGAAUCAGAAGCUACCUCAGCCCAGAUAUUCUCAACAGGUGUGUUUGGAAUCCUCCAGUUCAGCUGAGAAACUACAGCCACGGGACAGAUCUCAGGUGUCAAGGUCAUUUUCUUCUCCUGAAGGUUACACAAAAGACAGGCAUUUAGGUCAGGAAGAGAGGUCAGCAUCUGUUGAUAUUCACCCCGAACACAUAAAGGACAGCGAACGUCUGCUGGCUGAGAUGGAGCACUACAUGAAACGUUCCACCUCCUCCAGUGGUAGUCUGAGUUCGACCAACAAAGGUUUCCCCACUGUCAUUCCAAACUUUGAGGAUCAGGAGCAGAAACGCCAUAGCAAGAACAGAGACUCGUGCAUAUCGACUGGCUCCAAUUCUUCCUAUGACAGCACUACCGACCUGUCGUCAGAGCCACAUCAGGAGGAGAGAAUGGUGCACACAAUCAAAGCAAGAUUAGCAACUUUGCCUCAAAAUUUACUGGAAAGUGGCUUCAUCAUUCAGGCACAGGUUUGGCGGAGUCAAUUUCACCAGGCCCUUCCAGCCCAAAGGCUAAGAAUGAUGAGGGCUCAACAAAACUGAAUCAUCACUUAAGUUUGCGCGUCAAGCCAGGGGUCAUGCUAAGUCUGGGGAACCAGAUCUGACCAGUUUGCUUCGAGAAAUGGAACCAGGCAGUGAGGCGAUUGGUUCUCGUAUGGCAAAUACGGAUCUUGAUGACUAUGCAUUGUUUGCUAUGCCAAAGGCUCCAAUGGAGCAACAGAAUGACACACCAAAAUCAGGUAAACAAGUGAGGAAAACAAACUAUGGUCGGUUUUCAAAUUAUAAUCAAAUUCAACAGAAUCCAAGAACCAGGUAACACUGGCAUUACCCAAUCCGAGCUGAGGCUAAAUCAGCCUAUGCCAUCUUUGAAAAACAUUGCCAGUGGCCAGGCAGACUCGGCAUCUCAAUACAAAGUGCUGAUGUUGAUGAAAGUUCCUCUGACGAUUCACCAAGAAAUGACGACCUGAAAUGAGCGUAGUGAUGGGUUACGAUCAAAAUCAAAGUCUGAGAC